AUGGGUCUCCUGGCCAACGCCAGCCUCGUCGAGCUCUGCGGACCAGUCUGCAGCGAGCUGCAGGACAUUGCCCACAUAGCAGGUGAGUUGCGCCCAAGCAUCUCUGCAUCCCACUCUGCCAGAGCGCCCGCUUCUGCCGGUCAUUCGUUGCUCCAUCGCUCCACUGUUCCGGUCCACGAUCCUAUCCACCAUCUCUCUUCCCAGCUGACAGCAGGAUCCACCAAGAAACAUGUCCACAUAACGCCGUCGGACCCAGAGUUCUGGUGGUUUGUUGGCAUCAGUGCCCUCCUCGUUCUCCUAGCUGACGAUCAGCGGUGGAGUGUGCAGCGGCCUGACGCUCGGCCUCAUGGGCCUCGAUACGAUCAACCUGCAGGUCCUCAGCCAGGCGGGCACGCCGGCCGAGCAGGCGCAGGCGCCCAAGGUCCUCAAGCUGCUCAAUGGAGGAAGACAUACGGUGCUCGUUGUGCUGCUGCUUUGACAGGCAACACCCUGGUUAACACGUCCCUGCCCAUCUUCCUUGAUAACAUCAUUGGUGGCGGCGUAAUCGCUAUCUUGGGAGCGACGGCCCUAGAGGCCAUCUGCAACAAGUAUGGUCUCGCUAUCGGAGCGACAUUCGCGCCCCUCGUCAAGGGCAUGAUCAUCCUCUUAUAUCCUAUCGCCAAGCCGAUCGCACUUGUGCUGGACUAUCUGUUCGGGGCACACGACGACGGCGUCACUUAUCGCAAGGCCGAGCUGAAGGCUUUCGUGGCCCUCGGUGUCGAGGACAAGCUGGCGGACGAGGAACUCGCUCUCCUCGGCAGUGUGCUGGAGUUCUCGGGCAAGACUGUCAGCAGCGUCAUGCUCCCCGCUAAUCGUAUGGUCGACAAAGACCUGCUUGCUGAGAUUCUUCGCAAGGGUCACACUCGUAUCCCAGUUUACGAUCCAGCGCGUCCAGGCUACUUUGUGUACGUCGAGCAAGCGCAGUCUGCCCGAAGCUGA